AUGAGUGUAAGCUUUUCAGUCUGUCCCUUUGCGCCCGCGUUUUUCCGUCCCGUCACCCACGUGAUCUCCUCUUGCCUCCCUUACCCACGCGAUUGUCGCCGCCCUUCCGUGGCUCGUCCCGCUGCCUUCUCAUCGCCCAUCCCUUCGUCCAUCCCGUCGCCCAUACCAUCGCCCAUCUCGUCGCCCAUCCCGUCGCCCAUCCCGUCGUCGAUCCCGUCGCCCUUCCCGUCGCCCAUCCUGUCGCCCCUCCCUCCGCCCUUCCUAUCUCCCCUCGCCUAUCCUCUCCCCCGUCGCCCUUUCUCUCCCCCGUCGCCCUUUCUCUCCCCCGUCGCCCUUUCUCUCCCCCGUCGCCCUUUCUCUCUCCCGUCGCCCUUUCUCUGUCACGUCGCCCUUUCUCUCUCUCGUCGCCCUUGCUCUCUCCCGUCGCCCUUUCUCUGUCACGUCGCCCUUUCUCUUUCCCGUUGCCCUCCCUCCCAUCGCCCUUUAUCUCUCCCGUCGCCGAUCCUCUCUCCCGUCGCCCUUCCUUUCUCCCGUCGCCUAUCCUCUCUCCCGUCGCCCUUUAUCUCUCCCGUCGCCUAUCCUCUCUCCCUCGAAACAGUCAUCGCCCUUCCUCUCUCCCCUCCGUCACCCACCUUGGCGCCCUGGCGCUCGCCCCGAAAUGCCUGCCCGUCGCCCUUCCAGGUCCAUGUCUGA